CCGGCGCCGCCGGCCCGGAGCUCCCCGAAGCUUCGGCCCCGCCGCCGCCGGCCCUCGCGAGGGGAAGCCCGGGCCGCACGGGACCUCGGCCCGCUCCUCCGGACCCGAGAGGCCGCUGCACCGGCUGCCGCUCCGGAUGCUGCUGUUGCCACCGCGGGCCCCCCACCCUCGGGCCUCCUCUCCCGAGGCCAUGGACCCGCCGCCCCCCAAGGCGCCCCCUUUCCCCCCGGCGGAGGGCCCUGCCUCCACUGCGUCCUCGGCGGCGGGGCCCCGGCCCCCGCGGCUGGGCCGCCACCUGCUCAUCGACGCCAACGGGGUCCCCUACACGUACACGGCACCGCUGGAGGAGGAGCCGCGCGGCCCGACCCCGCGCGAGGCGCCGCCUGGAGAGCCCGGGCCGCGCAAGGGCUAUAGCUGCCCCGAGUGCGCCCGCGUCUUUGCCAGCCCCCUGCGGCUGCAGAGCCACCGUGUGUCGCACUCGGACCUCAAGCCCUUCACGUGCGGCGCCUGCGGCAAGGCCUUCAAGCGCUCCAGCCACCUGUCGAGGCACCGCGCCACGCACCGCGCCCGUGCCGGGCCGCCGCACGCCUGCCCGCUCUGCCCGCGCCGCUUCCAGGACGCCGCGGAGCUGGCGCAGCACGUGCGGCUGCACUGA